UUAUCAGUGGGAGAACAGGAGACAAUCAGAGACCAAAACUGGUGUCCAAAGUCUUCAGAUAAACACAACAGACUUCACGUGUUGUUAAAUGGCUUCAGCAUGGCAGAGAGUCGAAUCACUGCAUCAGUGGAUCCUGGACAAUGGAGAUAAGAGAACUGACCCAUGGCUGCUGGUUUACUCGCCCCUUCCUAUCUUGUGGAUCUUCCUCUGCUACCUGGGCAUCAUCUGGCUCGGACCCAGACUCAUGAGGAACCGGGAAGCCGUGGACCUCAAACUUGUGCUUAUAGUUUAUAACUUUGCUAUGGUUUGUCUGUCGGUCUACAUGUUCCACGAGUUUUUAGUGACGUCUUGGGUGUCGAACUACAGCUACUUGUGUCAGCCUGUGGACUACAGCACCAGUCCCCUGGCCAUGAGGAUGGCCAGAGUUUGCUGGUGGUUCUUCUUCUCCAAGGUCAUCGAGCUCAGUGACACCGUGUUUUUUAUCUUGCGUAAGAAAAACAGUCAGCUGACCUUCCUGCACGUCUACCAUCAUGGCACCAUGAUCUUCAACUGGUGGGCCGGAGUCAAGUACUUCGCCGGGGGACAAUCGUUCUUCAUCGGCCUCCUCAACACUUUUGUACACAUCAUCAUGUAUUUGUAUUACGGUCUGGCAGCUUUUGGUCCUCACAUGCAGAAAUAUCUGUGGUGGAAACGUUACCUCACUUCCCUGCAACUGCUGCAGUUUGUUCUUCUCACCACACACACCGGCUACAACCUGUUCACCGAGUGCGACUUCCCCGACUCCAUGAACGCCGUUGUGUUCGCCUACUGCAUCAGCCUCAUCCUGCUCUUCAGCAACUUCUACUACCAGAGCUACAUGACCAGGAGGACCAAGCGCUCCUGAUGAAGACUCUGGACCUGGCCCUGUUCCAGCCCUGUUCAUUUCCACAUAGACAUUAAGUUUCAAAUUAAUUGAUUAAUUAAAAUAUUUAAUUAAUAAUUGAUUAGUUAGGAUUUCAUUGAUUUUUAAUUGAAGGUGCUCCAGAUUUGUAUUUUAUUAUAAUU